AUGUUAACUGACACGGAAAAACGGUACGACACGUUUGAGAAAGAAGCACUGGCUAUUUAUUGGUGUGUCAGUGAACUACGGCAAUAUAUGGGAGAUUCAUAUUUUACUAUUGAGGCCGAUCAUAAACCGUUAGAAAAUUUUCAUUUGAAACAGAUUAAUAAUAAGCGUGUGAUGAACUGGCUAUUUAAAUUACAAGAUAUUAUACCACAGAUCAUCGAAGUUAAAUAUCGAAAAGGUGCCAGUAAUUCUGCUGCCGAGUACUUGUCCCGUCAUUUUCCUCACCCCGCCUCCGAUACUCAGGCACCUGAUGAUAAUGACGAUUGGCCAGCUCCAACUGAAUCGUGGACUAAUCAUGAAAUUAAACCACAACGACUACUCACAAGGACUAAUCAUGAAAUCAAACCACAACGAUCAACUUACAUACCAUAUCAUCACAAUCUGUCACAACUAAAUGCUGUCACAACUAGACAACAAGCAAAAUUAUUUUCACACCCGCCUCACAGACACUCACCCCAAACCACUUCAACACCUUCGCUACCGCAAUCUAAUAAAAAAUUAUCACCAUCACAAUCAUACGAUUUUAGUAUUGCACGAAUUCAACACGAACAACAGAAUGAUAUCGUCCUGCAAAGGAAAAUUAAAGAAGUUAAAAACGUGCCAAAAAGCCAUUCAUAUGAAAUUAAAGAUGAUCUACUCUAUAAAUUAAUACCAAGAGGUGGUACAUUAAAUUACUCUAUAUACCAUUAA